GUGGAGGUCACAUGUUUUCUGUCUAGCGUGGAGCUCCAGUCUGCAGCUAGACCCUUCUCCUUUGUUCCCCUCCUAUUUACUUCCUGUGCAGCUGUUGCUGGACACGGCUAGAACACUGAGAGAUAUCAGGUAUUGAUGUAACUGAAUUGAAUAAGGGAACCUUCUUCCUGAGCACAGACAUUGGAGCCUGUUAUCAGCAUGAACUCUUAUGGGUUAGACAAACACUUGAAUAGUUCAUAUCCAUCCUUCACUACAGAAAGCAUCAGAAUGAUACCACAAAAUCCAAAAAUCUUAGACAACAAUGACUAUUCACAAACAUGGGGGAUAUCACAAAAGAUAUUAAAAGACGGUGAAUUGGCAGGAGCUGGGCAGCAAUCAUUAUGUACAGAGAAUAAUUUAGUAAUCAAACAAGAGGAAAACAUUUAUGAGUUAUCUAGUGAAAUUAUUAUCCCAGAUGAUAAAUCACACACAUUUACUGAGUUUUCAAAACAUAUUAAAGAAGGGAAAAGUCUACAGUCUAACCAAAGGAUUCAUACAAAGGAGAAACCUUUCAAAUGUACAGAAUGUGAGAAAAUCUUUAGAUGGAAGUCUCAUCUACUAGAACACAACAAAAUUCACACAGGUGAGAAACCACACACAUGUACUGAGUGCGGCAAAUGUUUUAUACGAAGUAAUCAUCUGGAAACUCAUAAAAAGAUUCACACAGGAGUAAAGCCUUUCACAUGUACAGAGUGUGGAAAAAGUUUUACACAAAAGAGUGAAUUGAAAAGUCAUGAAAGAAUUCACACAGGAGAAAAGCCUUUCACAUGUACAGAGUGUGGAAAAAGUUUUACAGAAAAAAGGAAUCUGAAAACUCAUGAAAGGAUUCACACAGGAGAAAAGCCUUUCUCAUGUACAGAGUGUGGAAAAUGUUUUACAGAAAAACAUCAUCUGAAAACUCAUGAAAUGAUUCACACAGGAGAAAAGCCUUUCUCAUGUACAGAGUGUGGAAAAUGUUUUACAGAAAAACGUAAUCUGAAAACUCAUGAAAUGAUUCACACAGGAGAAAAGCCUUUCACAUGUACAGAGUGUGGGAAAAGUUUUAUACAAAACAGUGAACUGAAAACUCAUGAAAGGAGUCACACAGGAGUGAAGCCUUUCACAUGUACAGAGUGUGGAAAAAGGUUUACACUAAAGUGUGAUCUGAAAAAGCAUGGAAGGAUUCACACAGGAGAAAAGCCGUUCACAUGUACAGAGUGUGGAACAAGUUUUACACGAAUAACAAGUCUGAAAACUCAUAAAAGGAUUCACACAGGAGAAAAGCUGUUCACAUGUACAGAGUGUGGAAAAUGUUUUCCAGAAAUGAAUAAUCUGAAAAGGCAUGAAAGGAUUCACACAGGGGAAAAGCCUUUCACAUGUACAGAGUGUGGAAAAAGGUUUACACAAAAGUGUGAUCUGAAAAGGCAUGAAAGGAGUCACACAGGAGAAAAGCCUUUCACAUGUACAGAGUGUGGAAAAGGUUUUACACUUAUGAAUAAUCUGAAAACUCAUGAAAGGAUUCACAAGGGAAGAAACCUUUUACCAGUUGAGCAGGCCUUAUCAGCACAAUCAGACACAGUGGAGGAGAGUCAGGCCAGGGUGCAGGCCCAGGUACAUAACACAGAACAAAUGCCCACAGAUUACAUUACAAAAGCUGAUUUAAGCAUGUUAUCAUCUAAAGAAGAUAUAAAAGUUGCAAUGCAUGAAGUAAGGGCACUUUACAAAGACCUGCAUAAAGAUGUCACUACGCUUAAAAGUCGCUUGUCUAAUGUAGAGGAGCAAAGCUCAUCAUCCGCAUCUGAGCUGAAAACUAUUUCUGCCACAGUGUCUUCCCAUGAAAAUUUAAUUGAAACCCUGAAUGACAAAAUAGAGGACUUAGAAAACCGCAGUCGCCGCAAUAAUUUGAGGAUCAGGGGAGUACCUGAGUCAGUGGCCCCAGCUGCCAUUGCUGGAUAUCUACAGGAUUUAUUCUGCACCAUUAAGGGGUCCCCAAACGCUCCUGAAAUCCAUAUUAAGAGGGCACACAGGGCCCUCCGGGCUAAACCCCCACCAAAAGCGCCUCCCAGGGAUAUCAUUGUGAAGCUCCUCCACUUCCCUGACAAAGAAGACAUCCUAAGAAAUUCCAGAGCAAAGCAACCUGUCAAACAUGCGGGUAUCCAUAUACAAAUUUUCAGUGACUUAAGCCCUGCCACUUUGCAGAAACGCCGAGCAUUGGCAUUUAUCACAGCUUCACUGCAGAACCACAAAAUCCCCUAUAGAUGGGGGUUCCCAGUGUCCAUAAUUGCAACUAAGGACAAUAAAAUGUUUACUUCCUGUGCAGCUGUUGCUGGACACGGCCACAACACUGAGAGAUAUCAGGUAUUGAUGUUGGAGCCUGUUAUCAGCAUGAACUCAAAUGGGUUAGACAAACACGUGAAUAGUUCAUAUCCAUCCUUCACUACCGAAAGCAUCAGAAUGAUACCACAAACUCCAAAAAUCUUAGACAACAAUGACUAUUCACAAACAUGGGGGAUAUCACAAAAGAUAUUAAAAGACGGUGAAUUGGCAGGAACUGGGCAGCAAUCAUUAUGUACAGAGAGUAAUUUAGUAAUCAAACAAGAGGAAAACAUUUAUGAGUUAUCUAGUGAAAUUAUUAUCCCAGAUGAUAAAUCACACACAUUUACUGAGUUUUCAAAACAUAUUAAAGAAGAGAAAAGUCUACAGUCUAACCAAAGGAUUCAUACAAAGGAGAAACCUUUCAAAACUACAGAAUGUGAGAAAAUCUUUAGAUGGAAGUCUAAUCUACUAGAACACAACAAAAUUCACACAGGUGAGAAACCACACAUAUGUACUGAGUGCGGCAAAUGUUUUACACGAAUGGGUAAUCUGAAAACUCAUAAAAAGAUUCACACAGGAGUAAAGCCUUUCACAUGUACCGUGUGUGGAAAAAGUUUUACACAAAAGUGGGAGUUGAAAAGUCAUGAAAGAAUUCACACAGGAGAAAAGCCUUUCUCAUGUACAGAGUGUGGGAAAUGUUUUACAGAAAAACGUCAUCUGAAAACUCAUGAAAUGAUUCACACAGGAGAAAAGCCUUUCUCAUGUACAGAGUGUCAAAAAUGUUUUACAGAAAAGAGUAAACUGAAAAGGCAUGAAAGGAGUCACACAGGAGUAAAGCCUUUCACAUGUACAGAGUGUGGAAAAAGUUUUACACAAAAGAAUGAAUUGAAAAGUCAUGAAAGAAUUCACACAGGAGAAAAGCCUUUCACAUGUACAGAGUGUGGAAAAAGUUUUACAGAAAAAAGUAAUCUGAAAACUCAUGAAAGGAUUCACACAGGGGAAAAACCUUUCACAUGUACAGAGUGUGGAAAAUGUUUUACAGAAAAAUGUUAUCUGAAAACUCAUGAAAUGAUUCACACAGGAGAGAAGCCUUUCUCAUGCACAGAGUGUGGUAAAGGUUUUACACGAAUAACAAGUCUGAAAACUCAUGAAAGGAUUCACACCGGAGAAAAGCCUUUCACAUGUACAGUGUGUGGAAAAUGUUUAACAAAAAAGAGUGAUCUGAAAAAGCAUGAAAUGAGUCACACAGGAGAAAAGCCAUUCACAUGUACAGAGUGUGGAAAAAGUUUUACACGAAUAACAAGUCUGAAAACUCAUGAAAAGAUUCACACAGGAGAAAAGCUGUUCACAUGUACAAAGUGUGGAAAAUGUUUUACAAAAAAGGGUAGUCUGAAAAGGCAUGAAAGGAGUCACACAGGAGAAAAGCCUUUCACAUGUACAGUGUGUGGAAAAAGGUUUACACAAAAGUGUGAUCUGAAAAGGCAUGAAAAGAGUCACACAGGAGAAAAGCCGUUCACAUGUACAGAGUGUGGAAAAAGUUUUACACUUAUGAAUAAUCUGAAAACUCAUGAAAGGAUUCACAAGGGAAGAAACCUUUCACAUGUUUAGAAAGUGGAAAAAAGGUUUUUACUGAAAAACAAAUAUUUACACACAAAUAAACUUUAUAUACACAUUGUACAAACCUUUUUACAAUUUUUCUAAAGAGGACAAACUCUCUAAAUAGAAGCAUCAAAAAGGAUCCUAUUGUAAAUAAUACUUUCUAAAUCCCAGUUAUAAAAGCCCCAGAUUGGAAGUGCUCUCCUGCUGUCCUUUGUUCCUCUAUAUAUGUGCACCUCAGAUUCUCUCAUAUCAAUGUGAUAGAAUCCAAACACCACACAGGAAUAUACAAAUCUGUCCUCAUACUGAGCAGUUUACACAACCAUUCACCACCAAAGCACCCCCAGUGUUGUUUAUUAAUAUGCCAGUGUUAGGAUUUGUAUGUUUGUUUUACAUAGGGGAUAAAAUAAUUACAUUUACAGAAUAAAGGAGUCUUUAUAUGAAUAGAGUGUUAGAGAAUUAUAUAAACAAGAACAUCAGUCUCAAAUGAUUGACAUCUGGGAGAUAUAUUUAAUGUGCACAUCAUGUGGAUAAACCUUUUCUUAUAGCAAUAGAAAGAAUUACUGAGGGGUAACUGAUUUUAUUUAAUGAGACCCAAUAUCACUAACUGGUACAUACGUGAUCAUAAUCAGUUUAAUUUAAAUGGCUACUAUAACCUACAUGUAUACUGGGUAUGUAAUAUGUGUGUCACGUGAUCAUAAUCAGUUUAAUUUAAAUGGCUACUAUAACCUACAUGUAUACUGGGUAUGUAAUAUGUGUGUCAUGUUCUGUAACUUGAUAUUAUGUCUGUUAGAUGUUUUCAUGUUAGUUAGAAGCCACAAGAACUGAUAAUAGCACAUACUGUAUAUAUAAAGGGAACAUUAUAUGUCUGAUAAAUCCCUUUGUAUCAAGAGCACAAGUGUUAGGUAUAUUUAUACCAUUGUGUGCAUAUAUCAUGUAAUGCUGCUUUUUAUUAUAUAAUGAUAUACAAUGUUUUUUCAGGCAAAUGAAAAGUGAUUAUAAUCCA